GCCACACUGACAGCUCAGUCCUGCCGGAGCAUCCAGGGAGGUGCCAUCGUUGGUGGCACUCUGCUGCCUCUCCCUCACUCCCUUCCUCCUCCUAGUGGGCGUCGACUAGGCAGCCUGAAUACUGCAACUUCCCUUUACUAUCUCGAUAAUAACAUUAACAAUCUAAUUUAAUCCCUUUAGGCUAAAUUAUAUCUUACCAUUUAUUAACAUCAGUGACUGAAAUAUAGCCUCAUUCUCGCUCACUUUUUCAAAGUGUCACUUUCAGUGGACUAGGUGCCACUGCUCCGGUAUUUACAGUGAACUUGCAAGCAAACUUAGCUGGUGCUGCCAUCUCUGUAUUCACAGUGAACUAGCAAGAUAAAGUUGGCUCGUAGGGAGACAGAUAACUGCUUCGUACUGACUCAAGUGUUGACCUGCAUCUUGACACACGUUUGUUGUGAGAGGUCAAGACGUUGUUCCCACUGUCUACUAGGAGAGUAACUCGGUAAUUCCUGGUAUUGAAUGUCAGUCACCUGUGGCCGGCAGUGUGGAAGGACACAUCAAUAACAUCUGACAUAUAUUGGAAACAAAACCCUGUAAUGUGUUAUCAGUGAACCUUAAGAAGUGAACCUCGAGACGUGAAUAUCAAGAAGUGAACUUUAAGAAAUUAACCUCGAGACGUGAAUAUCAAGAGGUGAACUUUAAGAAAUUAACCUCGAGACGUGAAUAUCAAGAAGUGAACCUUAAGAAGUGAACCUCGAGACGUGAAUAUCAAGAAGUGAACCUUAAGAAGUGAACCUCGAGACGUGAAUAUCAAGAAGUGAACUUUAAGAAAUUAACCUCGAGACGUGAAUAUCAAGAAGUGAACCUUAAGAAGUGAACUUCGAGACGUGAAUAUCAAGAAGUGAACCUUAAGGAGUGAGCCUCGAGACGAACAUACCAAGCAUUACCCUCACGAGUUACUGACACAGCUGAGCAGGGAGGAUGAAUGCUGGUGUUGAUGUCUGGGGAAGACAAAAAUGAGUGUCACGUCGAUCAGUGAAGGAAUGGAGAAGUCUUAAAUGUGUAUUGAAGGAAACAGAGAGAGAUGAGACAGAAGAGAAGGCCUAGUGAGUAGCCCCGAUUUGCUGCUGCAAAAUGGCCCCCGCGUUGCCUUCUCAACCCCUGACUCAGUACUGAUAAUGACGGCUGCUGGAGAGUCUGAGCCUCCUGGUGCAGAAGCGGCACUGCAUGUGUGGCUCUCUGGUACUGCUGCUGGCACUCCUGCUUGGCCCAGUGUGCCGGGAGGGCUCCAUCAGGUCAUCCAGGGGUCACAGCUGCCCCUCCCCACUGGCGAUGGCCCUGACCUACCUGCUAGAGGACGUAGAAGCGACGCAGCUUCGGUCAACAAUGUUUCUUAUUCCCUUCUAUCGCCUGAAGAAAAUCAGAGCGAGAGGGUUAAAAACAUGACAGAAAGUAUUAUGCAUCAAGUAUUAGGGUCAGUCUACAGUGAUUUACAUAGUGUGAAUGUGAGUGAUAUGAAGCAAGGAAGAGCAGAUGAUGGAAGGGUCGGGCCAAGUAUACAUUCUGUUAGUGUCAGUGAAUACAACUUUACUUCGAGUAAAGACUUCGGUGGUCUGUUAAGUGCAGGCGAAAUGGAAAAUGGAACUAACUCAUCCAGCGAAGAAGAUCGAGCCAACACCUUCAUAAGCGUCCUGAUGGGGAGUGCUUCGCCUGCUACAGACAACGGAGAGGCAAAUGCCUCGAAAAACUCUUCGGCCAUAAUCAAGGAGGCUCUGUCCUUUACGCUGGAGGCUAGCGAGGAGACUUUAGCCUCCGCCGAGGACGGUGGAGGACUCCAGAGGAUGAUAGGAGGCACUGAAUGGCCAUACCUGUCUGCCCUGACACACAACCUGAGUUACCAUCACCACCCUAGCGUCACCACCAACCUAGCCAACGUCACCAACGGCAGAGAAACGCUCUUCGCGGACUACCCGCCGCACCUUCUCGACUUCGCUGUCUUCUGCUGUGUCCUCUUCAUUGUGCUAGGAGUACCAGGCAACCUCAUCACUAUCAUCGCCCUCGUCAAGUGUAAAAAGGUUAUACACACGGACGUGGUUGGCCAUCAUGGUAGUUGCCACGUGGAUUGGUGCCUUUGGAGCGCUGGUGCCUACGUUGCUGGAAUUCUGGGGCACCUUUGGUCUAGACCCAGCGAUAGGUUCUUGCACCAUCUUGCCAGACAGAGACGGCAACUCGCCCAAGGAGUUCCUCUUCGUCUUCGCCUUCGUGUUGCCGUGCGUAGCGAUCUGCGUGUGCUACGCCCGCAUCUUCUGCAUCGUUCACCGAGCGGACAUGAAAAGCCACAGUCACGGCCAAAAGUUUCUCAAGGUGAACGGAAAGCGGCACAAGAACGUGCUUCGCCAUGCACUGCUGAUCCUCCUACCUUGCAGACCUUGCAUGCAACGCCACUCCACGAUCGUCUGCAGGUGGAGACGCUCGUCAAACUCUCCACUAGCAGCAACUCCGUUAAAGUGGAGAUCGUUGAGCCGAGGGAGGAAGCUCAGAAAGACGAAGAGAUAAAGAAAGAGGAGAACGGACGGGGUGAACACGAGAACCAGCCAGCAACACACACACCUUCGCCAGAAGCAACACCCACUGGUGCUGCCAAGGGCGACAAUUCAUUUCUCAAGACGGAGGCGAACGGCUUUUCCGGUCACUCUUCCGACGAAGGUGUUGGAGUGUCGGCGGCAGCUUGUUCCCCCAUCAGAAUAUGUCCUCCCAGCGCUCCUGAAUCCCCAGCGUCAGUCAAGUCAGAAAUGAACACCAACAGCGGGCUAGAGAGACGGGCGUCCACGAUCUCUGGCAAGGGUGGUACUUUCUCCCACCUUCGGGGCACCUUCAGGAGAACGCGAGCCGGCUCAUUCAUCGCCAGACAGCCCACACUCAGUGCCAAGGAUCGCCGUCUCCUCAAGAUGAUCCUGGUCAUUUUUCUGUCCUUCGUAGCGUGCUACCUGCCCAUCACGCUGGUCAAGACAUUCAGUAAGGAUGACAACCCCGUGCUAAACAUCCUAGGCUUGCUACUCAUCUACAUGACUACGUGUAUUAACCCUAUCAUCUACGUGGUCAUGUCGUCAGAGUACCGCCAGGCUUACGUCAGCCUCCUCACCUGCAAGCGUGACCACGACCCAGCUAACCGAUCCAUUACUAAAAUUUCCUGAAAGCGGCCUAAGCCGCCGUUGUUUGCAACACGGCUACAAACAACGUCGAAGUGCGUUAUACAAGUGUCGCCUGCCGAGUGACAAAUUAUAACUGACUCCUUAAAACAACCAACAGUGUAUAAAAAAAAAACAUUAAAACACUCCAUAACUGUACAUAUAAACAAAAGAUGUUUUUUUACGGAACUUUUAAAUACUUCGUAUUGUAGCUGUUAAAACAAGUGUUAAAUGCCAGGGUCCAACAUAUUGUUUUUGAUAAACCAGCUCUCCUGCCUUUCUGUACAGAUUUACGUGUUGUGUCGACUCGUCUCCACAAAGGUGACACAUGCUCACAACUGUUAUGAUGUUUACAUUCAUUCUAUGUCGUUAUAUCUCUGGUUAUCUCUCUGAUCACCUCGAAUUCAUAUUUCUCCUUUGAAUGUGAUUUUUUCUGCUGUUGUCUCCUCCCUUAAUGCCUCCAAUAUCACCAGAGUUUUCUGACAGCCAGGAAAGGUACGGUGUUAUUUUCAGGAAAGGUACAUUGUUACUGUCAGGAAAGGUACGGUCUUGUUGUCAGGAAAAGUACGGUGUUAACGUCAGGAAAAGCACUGUGUUAUCGUCAGAAAAGGUACGGUGUUAUCGUCAGUAAAAGUACUGUGUUAUCGUCAGAAAAGGUACGGUGUUAUCGACAGGAAAAGAACGGUGUUAUCGUCAGGAAAGAUACGGUGUUAUCGUCAGGAAAAGAACGGUGUUAUCGUCAGGAAAUGUACGGUAUUAUCGCCAGCCAGGAAAGGUACGGUGCUACCAUCAGGAAAGGCAUGGUGUUAUCGUCAGGAAACGUACGGUGUUAUCGUCUGGAAAGGUACAGUGUUAUUGUCGGGAAAAGUACGGUGUUAUCGUCUGGAAAGGUACGGUGUUAUCGCCAGCCAGAAAGGCAAGUGUUAUCGCCAGGACAGGUGCGCCUUGGAUAAGAGAUGGUAUGAAAUAUCGACACUUAUGUAAUAAGACACAUGUGCAGUAUUAGAAUAUUUUGCUGAGGAAAUGUUUCACCACGACUGGCUUGUUUCGUCACCCAAGAAGACCCGAUAAAAGCUCUGAGUGGCGAAUCGUUUUUUUCGGACCUUGUACAUGUGCCUUAUUGCACAAUGCACGCUUUGUCGCCACAGUACAUGACUCACGACGACACAUGCUGUCGUCUUAAUGCGUUAUACGAUACUUAUCGUCACAGAACACGACAUACAACACUCGAUAACUUCAUAAUCUCAGCUACCAGCGACAGGCAGAAGAAUGACUUGGGGAAAAACCUCUUACGGCGCAACGAGUCCUGUCAGAAUAGAUUCUCGACCUUACUAUUUGGUGUUUACAUGCUCAUCUGCACCUAGUGCUACUAGACACCACUUGGUGCUAUUGGAAUGCCACUUGGUGCUAUUAACCAACAUUUAGCGAUGCUAAGGAAGCAUCGGCUUUUAUUCUGAAUCUUGUUAUUCAUGUCUCAUGUAAUUCUUGUUGUAUUAUUCAACACCUUCUACUAGUGUUCGGUGUAUCCAGAUAUUUGCAAGUUACCCUUGCAGAGACUAUCAAAAUUUAGUUUGUUUAGGGGGUGGGAGGUUGUAACAAUGCUGCUCGAUGCUAGUUUCAUUAGUGUGACGAUUAAAUUGAAAAACUAUAAAUAUAUAUACAUAUUUUUUCCUAAAAAAAAUUUAGUAGACAUGUUUAGACGUAUAUCGUGACAGCAGAAGCCAAAUUACGUCGCCUUUCUUGUGCCUUUUAAAAAUUACGUACUGAUAGAAAUACCUUGAGUUGCUCUUCUCAACAUUGUCAACACUGUAACCAUCCAUUCCCGUCAACUUCUCAACUCUCUUUAUAAGAAACAAUAUGCGAUUUUUUUUUUGGGGGGCUGAGAUAUUUCGCCCACCAGGGGACUCUAUCAAUCGAUGAAAGUCCCUAGUGGACUUGGCGGUAUAUAAGUCCUCUGACACAGCUUCUCAACUGUCUUACUUUCAGAUAAGAUAAGAGAAAUACUAUUGUAGUGUCGGAGGGAGAAAGAAAUUAGAAAAUCCUAGAGCACUUUUCUUUUUCUACCAUUACCGAUACCAAGUGAUUCCUGGAUAACUAGGAAUCACUCACGGAAACUCCCAAAAAACUCGGGGUUGUGUUGUUAUUUAUCAACACAGUAUAAAUGAAGGGAAUAUAGUCGCUGAAGAAAAAUGUAGAGAGAAGACAUAAUGAUUUCUUCCCGUAAACGUAGAGUCUUGACAUGACUCACGAAAUCGUAAUAACACGAUUGCAAACAAACCAUACCACGGGCGGGGAUAGAACUCGCGAUCAUAAAACUCCAGACCGACGCGUUAGCCACUGGGCCAGCUGGCUACAGUGACCCAGCUGGUCCAGUGGUAUGGUUUGCUCUGGAGAAUUUGUUUUGGUGCUCUAGGCACUUUGCAUUUCAAUCAACACAUCAUCAGGAGCUUGCAAUGUUGCAAAAAGUGGGAGGAGGAGGAGGAGGAGGAGGUGCAAACAAAGACGAUCACAGGAAGCGCCCAUGACCUACCUACCUGUAGGGUAUUCCGGGGAUCAACGCCCCCUCGGCCCGGUCCAUGACUGGCCUCCCAGUGGAUCAGGGCCUGAUCAACGAAGCUGUUACUCCAACGUAUGAACCACAGCCCGGCUGAUCCAGCACCGACUUUAGGUAUCUGUCCAGCCCCCUGAUGUGUUAGUUGCAACACGAAAGGCCUAAAGCUAUCAUUCAACUCCCCCCCGUUCCGUGGUUGUUUUGCGUACUGGAGAAUGAGGUCGUCCAAGAGACCAUAACCUCAGCUGUCAUGAUCAUAGGGAGAAACACCUACGGAUGUGUGUGACGGGGGAGAAACGUCACAAACGUGAAGAACAAGACUUUAACCGGGGCGACGUUUCGCUCUUAAGUAGAUCUUUAUCAAGACUUGAUGAAGCUCUGCCGAAAGCGAAAUACUUUCAUUGUCCUGUAAAGUCCGUCGGGUCUUCCAGCAUUGUUUGUUAACAAAUAAAUUAACAAAAACAUGGUUAGAUAGACAUUCAUUUGUAUGUUGACUCAUGUUGACUCAUGUUGACCUGGUGUGUGUGUGUAUGUGUUAGUUACCAUUUUGUCCUAGGCACAUGUCGAUUAGACACUGUGUGUGUGUGGUGUGUGUGUGGGGUGUAUGUGUGUGGUGUG